GACAGUAUUCUUAUGAAAGUAGUUUGUGUGGUACAUACUAGUUAGUUAUAAAUACUUUGGGAAGAGUACAGUUGCCACGUUUUGGAGUCUUUUGAAAAUUGGUAUGCAUCUUCUUCACUUCAUCUAAGCUUUUUGUAGUUUCUCUUCCAGCUAAGCUUUUUGUUCCUUCUGACAUUAACUCAACCUUCAGAUAGAAUUCUUCUCUUCGGCCUUCCAUUAACUAUUCCAAUUUGGUUGUACGUCAAUGAAUCAGCAGAGGGUAGAACAGUCAUUUCACCAUUAGAUGGAAGCACAUUUGUUUUUCUCUCUCUAAUAACUACAAGACAUGUCCCUUUCUUUUCAUCAUUAAAAUAAAUUCUCAAGGAUCAGAAUUUUCACGUUAAAAAAAAAGUGCAGGAGCAGAGUUCCUGGAUGAUAUGAUUCUUGACUGAGGGGUGUUUGGAAUUCACAAUCAGAGCUUCUUUCUUGAAAAUAUAGUUUGUUUACUUUUCCUGCUCAGUAUUUUUACUUGGAUGAACUUAUUACUUUUGUUGGGAAUUUGGGACAUCAUUAUUUCAUGUGUCAGCUCAAGGGAGAAUAAUUAAUUGGUUGUCAUAUGAAAAUUUGGGGGUUUCAAUUGCUUUAUGAAGUCAAAGCUUGGAUCUUUUUCACUUGUCAUUCUUGAAAUGAGUUAUUGAUGAAGGAAAGCAGUUUGAUGAGGGUUUUGUUCUGCAAAAUCCAUUGUCCGUUUAUUUGUUUCUGUAAACCCUCUGCUGCUCAUCUUUACACUCCAGGUCCAUUGAAAUUGCAAAGUACCCAACAUGUUGUUUCUCUUCCUCAUCAACAAUCCGAGCUCAAAGAAGAGAGUCUAGAACCUUCUGGAAAUGGAAAUGGAAAUGGUCUUAAAAGCUGUAUUAGGAAAGGUCCUGUUGUUGGACCUAAGAGAGUUCAAUGGAUGGAUAACAUAGGAAAAGAACUUGUUGAGAUCAAGGAGUUUGAAUCCAGUGAAACUGGAGAUACUGACACUGAAGAGGAGACAAGACAUUGUCUAUGCAUUAUUCUUUGAACCAGCUUCUACUUCCAAGUGGCUGCAGGGAAAUUUCCUUUGAGCUUGUUGUUACUCAAAUCCCAAACCCCACACUGUGGGAUUCAACUGGGUAUGUUGUUGUUGUUGUUACUCAAAUCCAAGUAAUCAAGACUUGCUUGUCAAGAAAUCCAUCCUGGGAUCUGUCCUACAACACCACUAGACUGAAGGGAUAGUCCAGAUAAUACAUUGAGGCACUAUCUUGGCAUUGUUGUUUCAUUUGUAUGCAUUUUUUCCAAGAAACAGAUUUUUCAGAGCCUUCAUGUUGAAUACCAAGAUGGAAUUCACCAGUAUGCAUAUUUUUAUCCAACUUAAGAGUCUCCAACUUGGUAAUGUUCCAGUCAGCUUGUUCUUGCUCAAGGCCAAAGUAGAGAUUUGACAAGCUCCCAGUCUCGGUUAGAAUCUGCUGUGAAGCAGAUUUUCCUUUAAAUCAAACACUUGCAAUCCCUUCAAGUUCAAUACUGAAAGUGGGAUUCCACCAGAAAAAUGGUUGUUUCUGAGGGACAAUUCUUGAAUCUUAGUGAGGUUUCCAAUAUCCAUGGAAUGUUCCCACCAAUAAAGUUGUCAUCCAGCUUCAAUGUCCUCAACUUCUGAAGAUAUCCUACUUGAGGAUUCAAAGCACCAGUGAGCAAAUUCCCACUCAAGUGUAGAUAUUGGAGGUGCCUCAAGUGAAAAUCUCGUGGGGAAAUAGGGCCAGUAAAGUUUCUGUGCAUUAAGUCAAGAUGAACUAAGUUUCCAAGAUUGGCGAGCUCUUCACCCGGUACUUGGCCUUGUAUGUGAUUUGAGGACAAGAUAAGCAUCAUCAAAGAUUUAAUACCAAAUAGGGCUGCCAAAACAGAAGUAGUGACCUCAAGAGAUUGAAGGGAAUCUGGAUAGAGAGAAAUCACAACUCCAGAAUUUUGUGUAGAGUCACAAAUGACUAUCCCAACUACAAUCAGAGGUGGAAUUCCAGUCCUCAAGUCAAUAGCUGAAGAAACCGUCCGUAGAAGAUGAAUUAUUCUCCAGGAAUGCAGAUUUGAACUUGAGAAGGGCUUGUUUUUUAUCAUCUGGACAGCAAAAAGCAGCUCUAAAGAAACUGAGAAAUCCCUAUGAAAGAGUAGUAGGCAUGUUCUAGUCAAGGUGGAUACUCUUUGAAUGAUCCUUUGUCCAACUGUCAGUUGUUUUUUACAACUAAAGAAUUAAUGAACACAUUUUGUUUUUAAAGGAAGAUGCUGGUCAAUGGAUUGUGCAUGACAAUGACAAAUCAGCUAGUUGACUAGAGUGGUUAAGUGAAGUCAAUGAAUUGAGUAUUGCAGUGACAAAUCUUUUGUGUUUGUAGUUGAUUAAAUUAUUGUAGUAGUAGAUUAUGUAAAUGCGCACCAGGGCUUUUUAUAGGUGAACAAUUUUCACUGGCUAUCUCUCACCAAUGGAAAUUCCACGGAAGUUAGAAAAGUUUACAGCAUAGCAUUCUGAUAAUUCUUUCGCAGACCCCUUGAUUCUCAGAAACUGGCAGUUAGCCCCUUGAAAUUUGAGAAAGUGGCAGAUACAUCCUGUUUGUGUAAAAGUUGAAGGACAUUCCGGCCCCAAUUUUGCAUUUCA